CACUACAAGAAAAGGCAUUUUUACCGGCGCAGUUCGUCAAAUGCGCCGGUAAAGGUUGUCGAGAUAAAACAAAAUCUGAAUUCUCACUUCCAUUUAGGCUUUACUUUUACCGGCGCAUUAUUGCGCCGGUAAAAGUCUGGUUUUACCGGCGCAAUACUGAAUAUGCGCCGGUAAAAGUUACCAAAUGAAGCGCCAACAGGCGCGAGAAGUUUGCCGCCUUUCAUUUCAUUUAUUGUGGCGCUUGUUUACUUUUACCGGCGCAUAAUUGCGCCGGUAAAAGUCUCAAAAAAAGAGAGGGAAACUUCCCGCGUGGAUUUCCUGGUAGGUGGGAAUACUUUUACCGGCGCACCAUUGCGCCGGUAAAAGUGUUAAAGGAAACGUGUGGAUUUUGAUGUGAUAAGUGAGAAUACUUUUAGCGGCGCAAUUGUGCGCCGGUAAAAGUAUAUAUUGCGCCGGUAAAAGUAUUUACUUAAACGCUCGUUUUUGGCUACUUUGGUCAGAUUUUAAAAACACUUUUACCGGCGCAAUUGGAUGCGCCGGUAAAAGUAUAUAUAUGAAUCAGGAGCACGAAGCCCCCUUCUUCUCCUCCAUUUUUCAUUUUUUUGCCUAGGUUUUCUCUGAAAACCUCUCAGCCCCCCUCUCUCAAUCUCUCUUUGAUUCUCUCUCAUUCUCUAUCAAUCUCUCUCAAUUUCUAACCCCCCCUCUCAAUCCCUCUCAAUCCCUCUCUUUUUCUCUUCAAAAAAACCACCACCACCACCUCCAACAACACCACCACCGUCGGCCACCACCACCAUCGACGGCGGCCGAGCUACGCCAGCCACCACCGCAGACCACCAAGCCCCACCUCCUCCAAUUUAUUUAAGGUCCGUGUUCGACCGCUCGGGAUUACCGCUAGCUGCCUGCAGUUGUCAUUUUUGCACUCGAUUCAGUAUGUCUACACCAGGUGGCAGCAGUUCGAAAAAGAAAGGGGUCAGAGGUAAAUACAAAGGCAAGAAUGUUGAGGAGGAGCUCUCCAAAACACAAUCUGCCAAGUUACAGAUUGAGCUGCACGCAGAGACUGGCACCCCCGUCGGCAAAAACGGAAAAAAAUUCAACAAUAUGGCGAAAUGGAUGACUCGGAUGUCUAUCCCCAUUAAUAAAUUCAAAUGGGAAGAUGUCAGUAGAGCUGACAUCAAUGCCCUCUGGGAUAGACUUGAGACCAAGUUUGUCCUCCCACGAGAUAACCCUACAUUCGUAGACUACGGUGAGUACGAGAUGUCAAAGGGUUUACGUGACUGGAGGGCAGACUGCAAGAAAAAGUGGAUACAAAAUAUUGAGGAGCUUGGACAGGAGAGGGCCGACAUGUCACCUCCUGAGGGAGUAACUCAAGAGGUGUGGAGUGACUGCAUCGCUUAUUGGAGCACAGACAAACAAAAGGUACAUUUUUUUUAAAAUUUCUAAUUUUAGUAAUGUUUAAUUUAUAUAGUCAAUAAUAAAUAAUUAAUUGUUAGAAAAAUUAUUAAUUUCAGGCGAGAGCAGCGAAAAAUAAAGAAAGUCGGGGUAAGAUGAAAUUUCUAGGAGGCUGGGGCUCCAAGCCUAUUGUUUCACAUGUUGUCGAGGGGGUAAGUUUAUAUUUAACUAUCAUUCAUUUAAAUUUUUCUAGUAAAAUAACAAUACUAAUAUAUUUUCUCUUGAAAAUAGGCUAACCCCGA